GCCCCCACCCCGCCUCCAAGCCACCCCGCCAGCUUGAUGGGAAGAGGCCAACCGCACACUCCCUUGCCUGUGGCCCCGCUCUCCAGGCUGCCAUGGGCUUCAGCUCUGCUCUCCUCGUCCUGGUCCUUUUGUCAUGGUCGGGACCCCUUCAGGGACAGCAGCAGCACCACCUUGUGGAGUACAUGGAACGCCGACUAGCUGCCUUGGAGGAACGGCUGGCCCAGUGCCAGGACCAGAGCAGUCGGCAUGCUGCUGAGUUGCGGGACUUCAAGAACAAGAUGCUGCCGCUGCUGGAGGUGGCGGAGAAGGAGCGAGAGGCGCUCAGAACUGAGGCUGACGGCAUCUCAGGGAGAGUGGACCGUCUUGAACGGGAGGUAGACUAUCUGGAGACUCGGAACCCAGUUCUACCCUGUGUAGAGCUUGAUGAGAAAGUGCCUGGAGGCCCUGGGAGCAAAGGCAAGGGCAGAAGGAAUGAGAAGUAUGAUAUGAUGACAGACUGUAGCUACACAAUCUCUCAGGUGAGAGCAAUGAAGAUCCUGAAGCAGUUUGGUGGCCCAGCUGGUCUGUGGACCAAGGAUCCAUUGGGACAGACAGAGAAGAUCUAUGUAUUAGACGGGACACAAAAUGACACAGCCUUUGUCUUCCCAAGGCUGCGUGACUUCACCCUUGCCAUGGCUGCUCGCAAAGCUUCCCGAAUCCGGGUGCCCUUCCCCUGGGUAGGCACAGGGCAGCUGGUAUAUGGUGGCUUUCUUUACUAUGCCCGGAGGCCUCCUGGAGGACCUGGAGGGGGCGGCGAGUUGGAGAACACUUUGCAGCUCAUCAAAUUCCACCUGGCAAACCGAACAGUGGUGGACAGCUCAGUAUUCCCUGCAGAGAGGUUGAUUCCCCCCUACGGGCUGAGAACAGACACAUACAUCGACCUGGCAGCUGAUGAGGAGGGUCUUUGGGCUGUCUACGCCACCCUGGAGGAUAACAGGCACUUGUGCCUGGCCAAAUUAGAUCCACAGACACUGGACACAGAGCAACAGUGGGACACACCAUGUCCCAGAGAGAAUGCUGAGGCUGCCUUUGUCAUCUGUGGGACGCUAUACGUCGUCUAUAACACCCGCCCUGCCAGCCGGGCCCGAAUCCAGUGUUCCUUUGAUGUCAGUGGUACCCUCACCCCUGAACGAGCAGCACUGUCUUACUUUCCCCGUCGAUAUGGUGCCCACGCCAGCCUCCGCUACAAUCCCCGUGAGCGCCAGCUCUAUGCCUGGGAUGAUGGCUAUCAGAUUCUCUAUAAGCUGGAGAUGAGGAAGAAAGAAGAAGUCUGAGAGGCUAGACUUUUUGUUUUAAUCUCUUUAUCCUCAUACAUUUGUAUCCCUGAUAGAAUUCCUGCUCCUUUUUCUUCAAAUGUAGACAAGUUGAGACUCAAAUCACUGGUUUUUUAACCAGUGAUAACCAAAUUCUCAUAGCCCCUUUGUUUUCUGUGGGACUCCAGAUCCUGAGUAACCCUUGUAGAACUAAAAUAGUGAAAACUCUAAAUGUUCCCUUCUGCUCUCCUGCCCCAUGUCCACAAAUACCAGGUCCCAGAUGACCCAGGCCCACAGCUCUGACCCUCCCUUGAAUGGGUCCCCAGGCAGUAGUAUGAGUCAGGGGAGAGAGGAGCAGAAGCAGACAGUGCUCCUGCGUCCCUCCAAGUCUGAAGAAUGGAGCUUUCUCCAUAUUGUUUUGUAUUGCCACAUUUUGCAUUAAAAGGAAAAUCCACUACUC